AUGAUUUUUCUCAGAUUUUUACUCUUUUCUUCAUCAGCUUUUGCAUCCAUUGAAGAUAUCGACAUCGAAGUCCUAAAGAAUCUUUUCUCUGGAGUCUAUGUCGAGUGCGAAAUAACUCGAAUGUGCGCUUGGAUGAGCGAGAGUUGGCUGGAAUCAAAAGGCAUUUUUGAAAGUGACGUUGAGUUUCUAUCCCUUGCCGACCCGGUUUGUUACGCUAGAGAUGUCGGAUCACUGGAGGGGUUGCCAAUGGACCUGCAUUUUUGGAUCUGGUGCUCCGAAGAGAUCCCAGAGGAGCAUGAAAACUCAGAGGGGCACUUAGCGCAUUAUGACUGCGGAACGGAAACGACCAUUCAUAGUGGAGAAACUGGAGUUAAUUUCGAGAACUGGAAGCUUGAACCUCACAUUAGACACAACAAUACAAUUUCAAUCAAAAGACCAAUCUUCAGUCUCGCGAAAACCAUCCAUCUUCCGAUAGAAUGCGAAUGGCCCACCACAUCUCUGGCCCAAGACCCGCUCCAAUUCACCGUCGACCGUUCCUAUUACCAACCUGAUUUUUAUGUUGUCAAAGAAGAAGUAAAAUUGAGAGUCGAAAUAAAAAUUUUCGACGAUGAGAAUUUCCUGAGAAAAAAUGGGAAAGUCCCGACUUUUGAGAUUGGAAAAGAAGCUUUUGUCGAGGUUAAAUUGAGCGAAGAACUUGAAGAGCAAUAUGGAAUCGAGAUUAAGCACUUUUGGGCCUCCCCAGAAGAAUCAAUGGAAACAGAAAACUACUAUGCCUGGAUCACUGACUACUGUUCCUUGUCCGAUCAGCUCAACGUCUACAACUCUCCUUCAAUUCAGACAAAGCGGUUCGCCAUCCCAAGUUUUUAUUUCCCUGAAACAUUCGACAUUUUUCUUCAUGUCUACGUCCGUGCAUGUAAAAUUGAACACUGCACUCCGAUAACACAGUGCACUGGAGCCAGAGGAUCGACGGACUUCAGCAAUUUGAAUAAUGACCGAAAAUUGAGCCGAUCAAAGAGAGAUGUAGCUCUUCUAUCAAUUCCAAUGAAGACGGGAAGCCAAACAAGAGGGCGGGAUUUAUCGAUGGCGUUGAUUCUAGCGCUUACUGUUUUCAUUAUUUUUUCGCUUAUAAAUGUUUAUUUUCUCCUGUAA